AUGUCGACUACAUCAAAAAAUCAGCAAAAUUACUCUCCAUCUUUUAUUUCAGAGAUGAUUGAAACCAACGAAUCAAAACUAAUUGAGAACAUACAGAGAGAAGUGAACAAAAGCUUAGUUGAUAUUAACCAUGCAAAUCUUCUAGAUGGAUUUCAGCAACCUUCAGCAGAAAACUUUUAUGAAAUUUAUUUGACAAAUCAAUGGGUUGAUGAAAUCUACAACUUUAUUAAUUCGAAAGUUCGUCGCAUUGGGGAAUCGGCUGUACAAGAUGACUAUUCUCCUUUUAAUGAAUCAACCUUUUUUCUUCUUUGGAAGAUUCCAAUGUCUUUAUCAACAUCAACAGGAGUGAGCACAAAUAAACAUGAGCCAAUGAGCCUGACAGGCUCUUCAAACAGCGUCACCCAACUGUUUGGAGAAACCAUCUUUGCCAAUUUUUCUAAAAUUGAUGAUACGUUCUUGAUUGAACAAGUGAAAUCAAUGGAAAAAAAUAUUAUAAAAAAUUCAAAAAACUGCAAUAAAAAAUCCAAUAAUUAUUGGCAUCAUUUGAGUUUAUUAUUGAUGAAUAGUUGCUGCUGUUGUUUAAAUUAUGGUUAUGACCUGGGUUCCAAGUCAGAAUAUGACUUAUCCUAUCAGUUUAACAGGAGGGUCAUUGAACCUAUUACCCAUUUUUUGCAAUUUGUUUUCAACGUGAAUUUGAAUUUUAUUCAACAAGAGUCCUUAAGUUUGAAGGAGGAAACACUUGAAUCACAAAAUUUUGAUCCUGUUAGAUUAACAAAACUAAAAGAGUUGAGAGCUAGUACAAAGUCAGAUACUAUUGUUUCUUUGAGAAACAGUACUGGAAUUCAUGAAAAUGAUUCAAAUACCAAAGAUAAGACUUUAGUGAUGAUAGAGCACAAGCUUCCCUCAUUAAUCUCGAAGGUCAGUUCCCCAGAAGAUCUAAGUAAGAUAGAAAGUAUAGAACUCCAAAUUCUAUCUUACAAAGUCUGUGUCAACAGCCUAAAAUGGGGUAUUAUAAACGAUCUUUACGGAUCGUUGUUGGUGAAGUUUGAUCCAGAGGACUUUAAGAAUACUAGUGAUGAUGGUUCAAUGAUAUUAAAGGGGGUUCAAGUCUUUAAAGUGAAUGAUGUUGAAUUUUUCCCACAGGUAGGUAAGGAGAAACAUUUUAAUUCAAGAAUUUUAGUUUCAAUGAUGAUUUACCUUGAAAUUAGAAAAUAUGUCAACAUUGGAAGAGAUGAUGAACCAGAAGAGCCCUUAGAACUUGAAAUGAAGAGCGAAAGUGCUUUGGAAGCAAAGGUGACUGGAAUAAAGGAAGGUAGUUACAGAAAGCCACUGAAGGUUCUGAUCAAUCUGAAUAAGAAAGAUGAAGUUAAAACUUCUAAAAACAAAAGACCUCUGGACUCAGGAGCUAACACCGUUGCAAAAAGAACCAGAGGUCUGAUUAAACUGGGGAAGAGAGAUCUGAAUAAUUAG